UCCCGGGCUCUGUUGAUUAAUCUCAGCCGUCCAUGCAGAAACGACGUCGUUCGGUUCGCAGCCGUGAAAGCUGAAACAUCCUACAAUUCCUUCCCAAAUAGCCAAAUAGAAGAAGAUGGAGGAUUGAUGAUAGAAGCCCAUUCGUCUGAGCCAUUUGGAGCUUUCUUAGCGUGACACAAGGAGGUUGAAGAUGACAAAGAAUAUGGUUUUGAAGAAAAGCAACGAUCACUGGGCUUUUCUGGAAGAAAUUGAAGCUCCUAUGUGGGUGGAUCUUACAUUAGAAUCCAACUCAAACAACCAACAUAUUGAUGAUGAGUGGUUUUACAGAAGCCACCUGUUCCACCAAUGCUCUUCUCGCCAGUUGAAGGCUGCAUUUUCCAAUUCUGGUGAGGAUAGUAUGGCCUUAAACUAUGACUUAGAGGGACCAUCUUCGCCAAAACUUCCCUCUUCUGUCUCUAAGUCAAGAGGCAAAGACUUUGUAAACAAGAAAUGGAUAGGGGAAAACCAGGAUUUUUCAUUAGAUAAGUGGAACCCGGAAAAAGUUCUGAGUGGGACAUCUUCCUGCGGGAAUUCAGGGUCCAGUGAUGAGAUGAAACCCAAAUCAAGCUUUAUACAUUUGAAAGGAACAUCGAGUUCCAAAUCAAGUUCAGUUUGUAAAAGCAGUUUCUUUGGAAAUCCCAUACCCAAUUGCUCUAAGCCAAUAUCUUCUUGUGAGGAUCCAACAUGUACUCUGAGUUCUAUGACAAACAGGGCAGAUGAAAGCAGUACAACAAGCACCAUUACAUCUGAGAGUGGCCAGCAGAAACAACAGAAGUUUAUGGAGAAAUCAAAUCAAGCGUUGAGUCAAGCAAAUGGGCUAUUGUCAGUCAUAAAGGCUCGUCUGAGGAAAAGCGGUGUUACAAGGCCAGCAUCCAGAGUGGAGAUUAAUGGUGAUAGAAGGCAAUCAAGAGGCCGUAAAUCUUCAUCCAGCAAGUCUAGUGUGGGAUCAUCUUCAAAUCCUUGUAAUGAUGGCAGGACCUCAGCAUCUACGUCAAUACAGUACAAAGAAAGAACCCCAGAUAGCAGAAAUGUGGCAAGAAUGACUCAUUCAUCCAAUAACAGAAUAAAAUCUUCUAAAGUAUCCAAGACAACUCAUAAGAUUGAUCGAGGGACUACAAAGUACAGAAUGGCACCUAAUGUUGCAAAGCCAGUCCACCUGGAAGCUGCAAAACCGAAGGCUCAAUAUCAAACUUUCAGAAGGAAACCUUUGGAGCCAGUUGGAGUUCAUGAAAAGAAGUCAAUUACUACUACUGUAAAAUCUAAGGAGAAAGCAGUAGUUGGUAGAUCUAACAGAUUGGCUGCCUCUGGAAAAGAGAAUGUGAAAAGGAGAAUCGUUGGGAGUCAGAAAGGCAAUAGCAAAGACAUUGCUGCUGUAACCAUGGUUUGGAGUCCGAAAGGGACUAAAGAGAGCAUUCUGCAGAGGAAUGACAGAACAGGACUGGCUGGAAAGGAAAAAUUCAGUGGUCAGAGCCCUUUUGUAAGCGUGAAGGACGUUCCCAAGAGGCCCCAUUUCAGAUGAGAGACCAGUGCAGCCUAACGGACCUGUAUGUAUAGUGUUAAACCUAACAUCAUUUCUAACACUGGAGGAAACAGAGUGAAACAAAGUUUUGCCCCCGCUUAUUUUUCAAGAUUUUGGCUGUACGUUUUGGUUCAUAUGGAAUUAAACUUUGUAGACAAUUUCUCUCACUGGGAGAAUCCUUCAGUAUUUCUAUGAAAUUUCUUCUGAUUGCCGUUA